AUGCUCUACCCAAAAGAAGACAAAGAAAUACGUCUAUUGACAUACGCAUGUAGAAACUGCGAAUAUCAAGAACCAUCCGAAAAUCAGUGUGUCUAUCGAAAUGAUGUCGAGAAUAUCAUUGAACAGACCACAUCAGAAAUCAAAGAUUUAGCAGCGGACCCGACAUUCCCGCGCACAAAAAAACAAUGCCCGAAAUGCGGUCACGAUGAAGCCGUGUUUUUUCAAUCACCGUCACGUCGACUCGAUACGAAGAUGACCUUGUUUUACGCAUGUGCCGAUAAACGAUGUGGAUACCGAUGGACGUAUCGGUGGACGUGGGUUGAGAAUCAGGGGGAGGCUGAACUGGUUGGAAUUCCGCCGUUACGUCCAGACUUGGAUGACGAUGAUCUACAGUUAUUAGAUGAUCAGUUGCAACAAAUAGAAGGCGAGGAAGAUCUAGACGACGAAUGGAAACAACAGUUGCUUUUACAUGAUAGCGUUAAUGGUGGCGUUGAUAUCGGUGAUAUCGGUGAUAUUGAAGAAGAAUAA